AUGGAGAUGCUGGACAAAGGGAUGACCCACAUCCCAGAUGAUAAGCAAAAGCACGUUGAAGGUGAAGCUCGAGUCCCAGCAAAACUGAACCAGCAUGAGGCAGCAGUACGCCCCUGUCCCUGGUCUCCGCAGAUGAUGUUACGCAUAUUGAAGGCCAUGGAAACCGAGCAGGAUGAAAAUUUCACCCACAUCCUGGAUGUGGUGGGGGAGUUUGGCACAUUCCAGCGGAAGCUGGUGGCCCUCACCUUUAUCCCCAACAUCCUGUUGGCCUUCUUCAUGUUUGCUGAUAUCUUCGUGUUCGCAGCCCAGACGCCCUAUUGCAAUACCAGCUGGAUACUAGCCUUGGGCCCCAACCUGUCAGAGGCUGAGCAGCUGAAUCUGACCCUACCCCAGGGACCCAAUGGCAGUUUCCAGACAUGCCUCAUGUACACGCCUGUCGCCUGGGAUCUGGAUUCAAUCAUCCAGUUUGGCCUCAACGCCACACAGUCAUGCCAAGAUGGGUGGAUCUAUCCUGAGAGCAAGAGCCGAUCACUGAUCAAUGAGUUUGACCUGGUGUGUGGCAAGGAACUUAACAUGGAAACUGUGCAGACCCUGUUCCUGGUGGGCCUCCUGAUAGGGUCACUCGUCUUGGGGUUCAUAAGUGACAAGCUGGGCCGCUACCCCUCCAUUGUGCUAUCUCUGCUGGCGCUGAUCAUUUUUGGCUUCGGGACAGCCUUCGUCAGCAGCUUUCACCAAUAUCUGUUCUUCCGUUUCGGGGUGUCCCAGGCGCUGGUGGGCUACAGCAUCAGCAGCGUAUCUUUAGUGACCGAGUGGCUAGCGGGCGAGCACGGGGCCCACGCCAUCAUCCUGGCGCACUGCUUUUUCUCUGUGGGAAUCAUGUUCCUGUCUGGGCUUGCCUACAGCCUUUCCCACUGGCGACUGCUGUUUCUGGUUGGUGGGGCCCCUGUAUUCUCCAUCAUCUUCUAUAUCUGGAUUCUCCCAGAGUCCCCAAGAUGGCUGAUGAUGAAAGGCAAAGUAGAGAAGGCCAAGCAGGUGCUGUGCUAUGCAGCUUAUAUCAACAAGAAGACCAUUCCUUUCAGCCUUUUGGACAAACUACAGCUGUCUGGAAAGAGGGAGACAAAUGCCUCCGUCCUGGACUUCUAUAACAAUAGGCAACUGCGCAAAGUGACCUUGAUGAUGGGCUGCGUGUGGUUUACUGUCGGUUACAGCUAUUUCACGCUGAACAUUAAGAUGAAGGAUUUUGGUAUGAACAUUCACUCCAGACUGGUGAUUCAUGGCAUCAUGGAGGUUCCCGCCCGGCUGUGGUAUAUUUUUCUCCUGGAGCAGAUGGGGAGGAAAUGGAGCCUGGGUGUGACUCUCUUCCAAGGCUUCCUCAUGAGCUUGCUUAUUCUUAUCUUCCCUCCAGGUAUCGACAGCCCUAAACUCAGGUGGUCUUGUUGUCUGGCCACAGAGUUUACAUCCAUGAUGGUCUUAAUGGUCCUGGUCGGAGAAUGCAGCCUGGCCGCCUCAGUCACCGUGUUCUUCAUCUACACUGCUGAGCUCCUCCCUACUGUCCUCAGGGCGACAGGUCUAGGGCUGGUGUCUCUGGCCUGGGUGGCUGGAGCCAUUUUGUCACUGACACUCAUCAACCAUAGCCUCACCGUCCUAUCCAGUGUUCUCAGCUGCCUGUCAGCCAUUUUGGCCUUGUCCCUCUGCUCCCUGCUUCCAGAAACACAUAACCAGCCCCUUUCCGAUAGUCUGGACAACUAUCCCUUACGUAAAAGGAGCCUGAGCAAGGAUUCAACAACUGGGGAUGCAUUCUGUGAUGAUACGAAUGAGGAAGUAAAGAACACCUUUCUCAAUGCCAUGAAUUUGGACCCAGACCUUCUCUCCGACACGCCUUUGCAGUACAAAGAAGCGACGGCAGACAAGACUGGAUGACUGAGAGUCAGGCCCCAAGUUGAUCUCAGGUUGAAGUUGAGUGUCUGGGUAUGGGGCCAUGGAUUCCAGACCGCAAAUCCCAGGCCUUGUCCAACUCGAGGGGCAGGGUCAGUCCUGCUCUGAGCUGGCCCUCGAGAUCCAAAAAUGGCCCCUUCUCGGGGAGCUAAGAUGUGAUUAAUUCCAAUAAAGUUACCACGUUGGACUUGAAAUGGCUGUGUCAAAAUUGACUGUGUCUGGAGAACCCAAGGACCCAGGCCCAAAGGAUAGUGAGUCGGACGGGUUCAUCCAGAGUCCUUAACGUCUUUAGCUAACGGCUGGGGACAAGCGGGAGCUCUCUGGACGGGGUGUGGGGGUGGGCCGUGUCUGUGAAGGCCAGGAGUGGGCAAGGGCAGGACUGUGCCUCCCCCCUGCCCAUGUCCUCGAGCCCAGGCAUCUGCUUGUGUGUGGGGGCUUCCAGCUCCAGUGCAGGCUGAGGACACACUUCAUAGUCCCACUGUAUG